AUGGUGCAUCAGACCGAUGUGCAGUUAGGGACAGCCCAACUGCACCGAAAUUUCCAAUUCUCCGUCAAAAGUCAGUAAAAUUGAGACGCGAGGCGAGAGAAUCGGUAAGGAUCGGUAAAAACACGAACCUUGAUGGAGAAUUAGAGUAAGAUGAGAGGCGAGGGGGCCUCGGAUAGCGCAGCGAUGAGAAGAGUCCCAAAAGACACUCAAAAUGAGCUGCGAAGGAGAGUCUGUUCACAUGUCUCGAACAGGGUGCGGCGAGAGACGUGGCAGAUGUGAAUAGACGGCGCGCGGAAGAGAAGCGCGGGAGAGCAUCCAGAGAAUAUCACGACAGAAUUGUACCGUCUCAUAAUAUGUCGCAAAUUCGUCGAUUAGAAUAUCAAAAAGAAAUCCCCACGAAAACAUGGUGUGUUAUAGGGAAACUGGCAAAGACUCGCGGAGGACUGCUUCCAAGAAGAGACGCCAAUCGCCAAAGGGAAGAAGGCUCGAGCAACCGAGCGAGAACGCCCGAAUCCGAUGGAAGCGAGUCAUCAACGGAUAGCCUCAUGGCAAUCGAGCUGGCCCACAUCCAAAGACAACUUGAGGAUAUAGCGCUGUCCACUUCGGAGAGUUCCGGAGAACUACGGAAAGUCAAAGAAGACCAGCAGACGAUAGUUGAUCAGAUUCGGACGGAGAUCAAAUCGGAGCAAGUCGUCAGAGCACUCAAUGCAUUGACGACGGAGAUAUCCAAAAUGAGAGAGGACGACAGAAAGCGAUCGGAUCAGGAGAGACACCUGCUGAAAGAUCUCACCAAGGCGAUCGAUUACAAUUCAGAUCAGGUCAAAUCGUUGGAAAGAGCGUUCGGAACGGCACAAGCCAAGCUGGACAGCAUCCAUUCGACAUUGGUAUCGCAAAUAGUCAAGGGAUCCCCCGGGCAGAGAGGAGUCAGCUCGGCAGCGGGAGAACCGUCGCGUAAAAGAGCCGCCACGGACGACAGGAAGUAUCCCCAGCAAGCAUGCAUCUUCUGCUCAGGAGUGCACGCAGCAGAGAAGUGCACGGAGUUCACGGACUGGAGCUCAAGAACGAUGCAAUUGCUCCAGAAAGGGAUCUGCAUCAAGUGUUUCCGCUCGGAAAACCACGCCAAGUGCGAGAAAUCACGAAGGCGCUGCCAAAACUGCCGGGAGAUCCACCACAACUCGCUCUGCAAGGAUCGGUACCCGAACAAGGAUGCCGAGACGGUUACACAAGUGGCGAACAAGGGGAGAGUUUAGGGAAUUGAUCUUGAAGGAGGUGGUCCCUGGGGCGAAUUCUAGAAUUGAAAAAGGAACCGGAUGGGGAGACCAGGGCGGUGGUACUACGGACGAAUAACACGACCAUAGAAAGGUCAGUGAAACACCUAAUACCACUCGAACUCGACCUGGACGAAGUGGUAACACAAAAAAAGUCCAGGAACAUCGAAGGCGGAGAACUCAAGGUCCUACCGACCCCGACGACGGAAACGAAAGGGGGAGGGGGAAGGAUUACGGUAGUUGGAAAAUCAACGAACCAGGGCGAGGGGGCCACUAUUACGAGAAAGAGCCUACCACGAAGAGUCAAAGAACCAGUUGACUACAAGAAAAUGGCAGGUUGCGCCACUUUCUCGCCGGGGGAAUGUCGCGAGGGAUCGCCCAAUAGCGACAUCCCUCUCAACCUUUUAUGUUGGUAACGAGGCCCCCCUGCGCCUUGAAAUCGAGUGCAGGUUUUGGGAUUCGGAGCGAGGACUCACUUCUCGGGUUUGGAGACGAUCGGUGGCAGACGAUCGGUUCGGGAGCUCGUGUCGUCGAGCAGUGGCAGAUGCACGCGACAAUCUUCCCCUUUUCUCAUUACUUUUCUACUUGUUUAUCACUAAUAUUGUUCUCACAUGUGAGGCGGCACGGCGAUGAUUGGCUCCGUGUAUGAGCGGGAGAUGGAGAAGGGUUUUAGCUCCCGAGGUCACACGUGUACACCGUGCGGCUGCAGACGGAUUGCGAACACUUCUAGUGAGGAGUUGGAGUUAGAGCCGCGCGUAGCCGUAAGUAACCACUAUUCUGUAUCCUGUAAUUAGAAUCCUAUCCAUUUCUGGAGACAUCCGCUCGUUCCGUGUGUCGGUUCGUAAAUAGGAUGUGGAGGUUUUUUAGCCAACGUCUUUUCCUCCGACAAUAAACAUUGUUCCCCAGAAUCUGUGUUAUUGAGUAUCAGAAAGGCAUCCGUUGGAGUUAAAGGACAAUAUCACGAGUUGAGAAGGGUCCAUCAAUUCAGGCAACUCGCGAAAGAACGGACAAAAUGCUCAUAUAAAUACACAAAAACAGUUCUAUUCUGCGCAGUUCUACAUAUUCUGCCCAGUUCUAUCAUGUUGGACCGCCGAAAGUUCGCACACAUUUUUUGUGACGUGCCGAGCGGGCCGGGCCUUCAAAAAAAAUUUCUCCCUUAUUUUGGGCAAGUCUGGCGCAGGAAAAUUUUGAUAAUUUACGGUAUAAUGGGGCUAUUCAGCGUAUGUUUAUUUCCCGUUUUUUUCUUUUUUUACAUCGCUGAAUUGGAUUUUUUGACGUAAAAAAACGAAAAAAAAAGGAAAACAAUCAUUUUUUCACAGCCUGAAUAAUCCCUUAAAACGAUGUUUUCAAAGUUUUUCGGAUGAUCAUGAUGCAGUUGAUGGCGAAAUUCGGUUUAUCUUUUCGAAAGUAAUUUCCGAUAGCUAGCCUAUCGAUAGCCUAGCCUAUCGAUAGGAAUUCGUAUCUCAAUGAGAAGACUUUUUUGCAGAAUUUUCCAGUCACAUCAGACACUUCCCGUUAAAAAUUUUUACGUGAACAAUCGCGUGCAUCUACGUGGCACAGAGAAUGAAGUAAAAUGAAAUGGGCGCUUCCAGUAAUACGGCGCAAUGUCGUUUCUGUGAGUCCUUCUCAACUAUUCAUACCCAUCAGAAGCACAUUUUCAGAUCGAUUUUGUUGCUCGGAUCGUUGUUUUACAAUGGAUUCAACAGUCAACUCGUGUCCAUCACCUCUUCAAACCACGACGAAAUCAUGCAGAACAGUCGGGUACUUUAACCUUUUCCACAUAUAUGUCUUUUCACUUUUUCUCAGCUCACAUUCGUUUCUUUCACUUCUUCAUGGUGUCCGUUCUCGAAGAAGCUAAUGCCAACGCUCAGCCAAUCCGCCCUCUAUUACAAGCAAAAGUAUCCGGACAGAAAGACGAUCUGGGGAAACGUGGACUGUGUGGAUCAGGGAAAACUUUGCGGCGCGUACCAAAUCGGAAAGUAUCCGACGACGAAAGUGUUCUUCUACGGACACAUGAUGGUCGAGUACAGAGGGUCCCGGCAGACCCGAGCACUCGUCGAAUACGUUGAGAAAAUGGAGAAUACGAGUGGGCUGGUGGAGCUGAAGGAAGUGGAGAGUGUGACACAAUGGCAGACACGGACGGUUCCCCAGAAGGGCACUCUCAUCGUCUGGUUCCCCCGCCACUCUCCGCCGUUCGAGCUUAUCCUCAAGGCCAUCGCUCUCAUUCACGAUCAGCUGACUGUGGUGGCGCCGGCCGAGGGCAACUCUCUCGAGCACGAGGAACAUAAACUGUGGUUCUCUCUAGACGGAGAGCACGUGCAAACGUUCAACGGCACCGUGACGCACUUCAAGGAAAUUGUCGAAUGGGUCCGUCAAAGGUCGGUUGGAAUGGUGAGAGAGCUGACGUUCGGAAAUGCGGAGGAGAUGGCCGAGGACGGGAGGCCUAUGCUCGUUCUAUUCCGGAAGAAAGACGACAAGGACAUCGACACGAGGUACAUUCAGACGGUCCGUUUGGAGGGCGUCCAGUUAGGGAACGAGAAUGUGUUUUCAGAUCCGCCGGGAGCUAAACGAAACCCUCCUCUCGUUGAUCAAUCCAUUGCUGGCUGACGGGGAUCUGAUGGCCAAAGUGCUGGUCCACUUCAAUCGGAGCCCCGGAACACUCCCUUUUCUCGUAAUCGAUCAGUUCGUCCAUUCCUAUCCAGCGCCAUGGAUUGGAGACGAAAUAUUCGAAGAGGGAAACAUUCGGAAGGUUCAUUCCGUGAUCCCUUUCGGUUGCAUAUUUGAUGACUUUUCAGUUUGUGAUCGAUCUGCUCAAUAACACGCAUCACAAGAGACUCCACGAAAUGGUGAAAAAACUUCUGAGGAAACUGUUGAGUGAAACAGAAAAGAUGGAGAAGGAGGCGGUGGAAAAGACGACGACGGAGCCGUUCAAGGACAUCAAGAAGCACGAGAGCGUUUUCAACAAACUGAAACCCGCCAAGAACCGAUACUCGUUCUCUAAACAAGAACUCUGA